CUAAGUGAAAUCUCGUGUAGCAAACAAGUGCCAAGCUUCUUCUCAUCAAAAGCUAGAAAUUAAAAAAUUUAUUUGAUAAUAAUCGACAAUAACGUGUGUGUGAAAAAUAAUUAAAAAUAAAUUUAAUUUGAUAGUAUUUUCCCAUCCGUCAUCGGUUCACUAGUUCAAACAAUAUGUAUCUAAAAUUUUUUUCCAUUUUAUUGUUAAGUGUUAUAACUGUGCAGGCAUUUCAUUUACCACCAGAUGGUGAAAUGGAUGACAUAUUCGGGGAAGAGGUUGCUAACAAGUAUAAUCGUUUAUCAUAUCAAUUUGAUAGUAAUGAAAAACCAAACGAUUUAACAGCUAAUAAUAUUGGUCAACAUAAAUCCAAAUCAGAAGUAAAAGGACAUACGCAUAGUGACAAAAUUAUAUUCCCAUCUACAUUUCAUCAUUUUCCUCCCUACCUCCCAGACCCAACUGAAGACGACAAUACAAAUGAAAACGUUAAUUUUGAAGACAAAAAUACUUUCGAAAACAAAAUCAAUGAUAUUCCAAUGGUUUUUACAAAUGUUGCACUAAAACCAGUUAUACAGAAUAAGCCAAUAAUAUUUCCAACAGAUGAAAGAUAUAUUAUUUCGAAAACCGAAACAAAAAGUGAUGAGUCUGAUAAUGAAAGUGAUAUCAGUACUGGAAACCUUAACGAAAAACUAACAGAUACAAAUUCGAUUGAAACUUAUUUUCUUAAUCGUUUAUUUAGCAUUAGAAAACAAAAUAAUAAAAUAGAUCAAUCAGAUGAAUCAGAUGAAUCAGAUGAGUCAAAAGAAUCAGAUGAAUCCAAUAAAACAAACCAACAAACCAGUUUAGAAAAUCUUUUGAGUGAUAUAUUUGCAGAUGAAAGCACAUCUACAGAAAAGCAGAAUAAUGAAGAAUCGAUAAACAAACCAAAUCCACCAGAAACAACUGAAAACAAUUUAGAUAAGGAGCAUCAGCAAAGUGAUGAUUUAGAAAAAUUGAUGAAAAUUAUAUUUGAUCCAUUUGGAAUAGUUGAACUAAAUAAACAAAUACCCAAUGAUGAUACUAAGAAUUUGAUGAAAGAAAUUUUUGACAUAUCGGAUGAAAGCGUUGAAAAUAAAAAUAAUGAAACUUCUGACAAGGACAUUAAAAAACUGAUGAAUAUUAUUUUUGGUAAUGAGGUAGAAAAUGUUGAUGAAUCACAUGAAGAUAACACGCAUAAUGAACAACCUUCCAAUAAAAUAAUUAGCACUAGUAUUAGUUCAUUGCCAAAAAAAGUUCGUUCGAUAAGCGAGGAAACCAAAUUUGAUGAAGAUGAUCAUAGUUUUAUGAAUGACUGUAUUCAAGCUAAAAUGAAUAUUGAAAAGUUCCACCCCUUUUUUGAAUUUGAUAAGAUAAUUGAAAUAGAGUCUAAUUGUUUGGCACAAAGGAAAGCAUUUAAAGAAAAAGAUGAGAUAUACCCAUUUAAAACUGAUAAAUCAAAUAAAGAUGAAAUCGGGGACUCAUUGGUUGAAAUUGAAAAAGCUAUUGAAAAAAAAGAAGAAAAUAAAAAUACAUAUACAGACGAUGAAACAGCAAGUGUAACAAAAACUAAGGAUUUGAUGAAAGAGAGUUUUGACAUAUCGGAUGAAAGCGUUGAAAGAAAAAAUAAAGAAAUUUCUGACGAGUACACUAGAAAACUGAUGAAAAUUAUUCCUGUUUUAUUUCAUGAGAGUGAAGAGCUAGAAAGUGUUGAUGAAUCACAUGAAGAUAACACACAUAAUGAACAACCUUCCAAUGAAAUAAUUAGCACUAGUAUUAAUCCAUUGCCAAAAAAAGCUCGUUCGACAAGCGAGGAAAACAAAUUUGGUGAAGAUGAUCAUAAAUUUAUGGAAGACUGUAUUCAAGCUAAAUUUAAUAAUAUUAAACAUAUAUUUAACCUCUUUUUUGAUUUUAAUAAGAUAAUUGAAAUAGAGUCUAAUUGUUUGGAACAAAGGAAAGCAUUUAAAGAAAAAAAUGAAAUGUACCCAUUUAAAACUGAUAAAUCAAAUAAAGAUGAAAUCGGGGACUCAUUGGUUGAAAUUGAAAAAGCUAUUGAAAAAAAAGAAGAUAAUAAAAAUACAUAUACAGAUGAUGAAACAGCAAGUGUAACAAAAACUAAGGAUUUGAUGAAAGAGAUUUUUGACAUAUCGGAUGAAAGUGUUGAAAGUAAAAAUAAAGAAAUUUCUGACGAGGACACUAGAAAAGUGAUAAAAAUUAUUUUUGGUCCAUUUCAUGAGAGUGAUGAGAUAGAAAGUGUUGAUGAAUCACAUGAAGAUAACACGCAUAAUGAACAACCUUCCAAUGAAAUAAUUAGCACUAGUAUUAAUCCAUUGCCAAAAAAAGCUCGUUCGACAAGCGAAGAAAACAAAUUUGCUGAAGAUGAUCAUAAAUUUAUGGAAGAAUGUAUUCAAGCUAAAUUUAAUAAUAUUAAACAUAUAUUUAACCCCUUUUUUGAUUUUAUUAAGAUAAUUGAAAUAGAGUCUAAUUGUUUGGAACAAAGGAAAGCAUUUAAAGAAAAAAAUGAGAUAUACCCAUUUAAAACUGAUAAAUCAAAUAAAGAUGAAAUCGCGGACUCAUUGGUUGAAAUUGAAAAAGCUAUUGAAAAAAAAGAAGAUAAUAAAAAUACAUAUACAGAUGAUGAAACAGCAAGUGUAACAAAAACUAAGGAUUUGAUGAAAGAGAGUUUUGACAUAUCGGAUGAAAGUGUUGAAAGUAAAAAUAAUGAAAUUUCUGACGAGGACACUAGAAAAGUGAUAAAAAUUAUUUUUGGUCCAUUUCAUGAGAGUGAUGAGAUAGAAAGUGUUGAUGAAUCACAUGAAGAUAACACGCAUAAUGAACAACCUUCCAAUGAAAUAAUUAGCACUAGUAUUAAUCCAUUGCCAAAAAAAGCUCGUUCGACAAGCGAGGAAAACAAAUUUGCUGAAGAUGAUCAUAAAUUUAUGGAAGAAUGUAUUCAAGCUAAAUUUAAUAAUAUUAAACAUAUAUUUAACCCCUUUUUUGAUUUUAUUAAGAUAAUUGAAAUAGAGUCUAAUUGUUUGGAACAAAGGAAAGCAUUUAAAGAAAAAAAUGAGAUACACCCAUUUAAAACUGAUAAAUCAAGUGAAGAUGAAAUUGAGGACCCAUUGUAUGAAACUUUUGGGUUUCCUAUUAAAAAAAAAGAAGAAAGUAAAAAUACAUAUACAGAUGAUGAAAUAGCAAGUGUAACAACAUCUCCAAAUGUUAAAGAUAUGAAUGAAGAGAAUGACGAAAAAGAUACUGAAAAAAUAGAAGAAAAUGAUAAUGUGAACGCAAAUAGAGAUAUAGAUGAGGAAAUAGUAACGCAGUCAUAUAACACAGAAAGUGAGGAAGAAGAUAAUGUUACUCUAACAAAAUCAGAUGUUGAUCAGCUUAAAAAUAUUAACAAUGUCGUUCGUAAAGACUUAAUUGAUUCAAUGAAUAACGUAUUCAAAAUGGCAGAGAGUCAAAUAGAUUAUAUCUUACAUAAGAGAGUUAAGUUUUAAACAGUCAUAUUAAUAAUUAAUAUUAAAUAACUUACUAAAUCGAUGUUUGCUCGAAAUUAAAAUAAUUUGUAAUUGUUAUUCCUUAUAAAAAUGUAAACAUGACUUUGUAACAUCUUAUACCAAAUAUAUACAUAAGUUAAUCUAUUUGAGUAAUAA